GGCUGCAGGGGAUUCAGUCAAAGGUUGAUCUCUCCUGAAUCAGCAGUAACAGCUCUAUGUGUUUGUACAGCCACGUGCUCUCUCUAAACUAAAGAGCUCCUUCAGUUAAUUGCAGACAAAGUUCAUUUUUGUCUCGUCGUGGAUCAGUAUGGAGUUCUCCGGCGCGUUGAUCUCUGGUGGGCUGCUUCUUGUUUUGCUGUGGCUGUUGAGCCUGAGGAGCCGCAGACAGUUUCGUUUACCUCCCGGACCUUCAGGCCUGCCUAUCAUAGGAAACCUGCCACAGCUGGACAAGAGAGCUCCAUUUAAAACUCUGUUAAAGUUCAGUGAAACCUAUGGCCCUGUGAUGACUGUGUACCUUGGCCGUCAGCGCACUGUGGUUCUGGUCGGGUAUGAUGCAGUCAAAGAGGCGCUGGUGGACCAAGCGGAUGACUUCACUGGCAGAGGCCCUCUUCCUUUCCUGAUCAGAGCUACCAAGGGCUAUGGUUUGGCUGUCAGUAAUGGAGAGCGCUGGCGGCAUUUGCGGCGUUUCACCCUGACGACGUUAAGAGAUUUCGGGAUGGGACGCAAAGGGAUGGAAGAGUGGAUCCAGGAGGAGAGCAAGCAUCUGGUGGCCCGCAUGAAGUCUACCAAAGCCGCACCUUUCGAUCCCACCUACUUCGUGAGCUGCACCGUGUCCAACGUGAUCUGCUGCUUGGUGUUUGGUCAGCGCUUCAGCUAUGAUGAUGACCACUUCCUCUACCUCCUGCAGACAAUCUCAGACACGAUCAAAUUUGGCAGCAGCCCCUGGGGUCAGCUGUAUAACAUCUUCCCUCGGUUGAUGGAAUGGCUACCAGGUGAACAGCACAAGAUGUUUGCCAGAAUCGAUGAACUGAGAGAGUUUGUGAUGAAAAAGAUCCAGGAACACCUGGACACGCUGGACCCCACCUCACCCAGAGAUUAUAUCGACUGCUUCCUCAUGAGACUCGAUCAGGAAAAGCAUUUCCCCACAACGGAGUUCCACUUUGACAACUUGGUGUCGACAGUGUUGAAUCUGUACCUGGCAGGAACUGAAACCACCAGCUCGACUAUCAGAUUUGGACUAAGUGUUCUGAUCAAACACCCCAACAUACAGGAGAAUAUGCAGCAGGAGAUCGACGCUGCGAUUGGACAGGAGCGCUGUCCUUCUAUGGAGGACAGGAAAUCCCUCCCAUUUACAGACGCAGUCCUCCAUGAAAUUCAGCGUCUUAUUGAUAUCGUCCCCAUGAGCAUCCCUCACUGCACACUCCAGGAUAUCUCUUUCAGGAGUUACACAAUUCCCAAGGAUACAUUGAUUAUUCCCUUGUUGCACUCUGUGUUAAAAGAGGAAAAACUGUGGGCGACCCCUUGGUCCUUCAAUCCUCAGCACUUCUUGGACCAGAAUGGCAACUUUAAGAAAAAUCCUGCAUUCCUGCCAUUCUCUGCGGGAAAGAGAGCAUGUGUUGGAGAGUCACUCGCCCGCAUGGAGAUUUUCCUCUUCGUGGUGUCACUUCUGCAGAAUUUCACCUUUUCUUGUCCAGGCGGACCCGACAGUAUCGAUCUCAGCCCUGAGCAGAGCAGCUUCGCCAAUGUGCCUCGCAAAUACAAGAUUAUUGCAACUCCCCGGUGGUAAUUCUUCAGAACAACUCGUGUUCGUGAUCGUCACCGGUUCACUUGGCAGGACGCACGGCAGUCUCUACCUGACCUACCCUCUCGGGUGUUUGUCCAGCUCGUUGAGGACCGUCUGC